AUGGAUGAUAUAAAGGAUAAAUACAAGUAUUUUCCUCAAUAUAAUGAGUUACGGGAUUUGCUUAAGCAUGCUAACGUAAAAACGGGACGAUUACUCAAAGCAUUGGACAGUUACGAAUACCAGAGCGAUGACUAUCGAUUUGACUUCGUCAUUGAAAACCAGCGAGGAACCAAGCUCUUUGGAAUUCCCCUAUUCUCGAAUAAGACGCUAUUACCGUUCAUAGAUCCUCCAACAUAUCAGCUGUUGGAUGGGAGGACCAUAUCUCUCACGUAUAACAAUAUUAGCAACUUUCCAUUGCCCGAUAUGGAUUGGGAAUGGACGUGGGAUAAGUGGUACUUAUUGAUGGUGAACGAUGUAGAUGCUCAGGGGUGGCUAUAUUCAUUGAUGAUGUUUAGCAGCACGCAUUGGAAAGGGAAGUAUCGGUUUGGUAAUUUUAUUAGACGUAGGAUAUGGGUGAGGAUGCGCCAUAAAAUUGCUACAGAAAGAUCAAAACAAACUUAG